AUGGCCCUCACUUGCACAGAUCCCAUCAAAGCUAUUUUUGCUAUUAUUCUACCCCCGUUGGGUGUCUUUUUGGAAGUAGGAUGUAACUGCACCUUACUGUUGAACGUUGUGCUCACGUGUCUGGGAUAUAUUCCAGGUAUCAUCCACGCCCUUUACGUAAUCGUGAAGUACUGA